AUGGCAAUCGCUAAAAUAUCACAAAAUUCAAACCAAUAUUUAGUGAACGAAGGUGAAGAUCUCUUCGCUGACUACCUCCUUUCCGUUGGCGAUGGAAUUUAUGGAGAAAAUAUCAAACUUCCUUCCACCAUCAAAGGCGAAGGAGACGUUGUAGAAUUUGUUUAUGUGCAUAUUCAAAAUUCAAUUGCAGAAGGACUGCUAACAGAGCUUGCAAUUAUCGCUCCAACUAAUGAGGACUGUGCACAGCUUAAUCAGCAAGUUCUUGAUUUUCUGGACGGCGAAGAACGCGUGUACUUGAACAUUGAUAAAGUCGUCAGUGAUGACAUCAAUGAACAUCUCCUACUUCCUACGGAAUUCUUGAAUAAAGUAGAAGGUGGGCAUCUAUUUCAAAAAGGUAUGAACGUUAUGCUGUCUAUAUUUGCUAUGCAGCGAUGUGAAGAGUAUUUUCCAGAACCCCUCAAGUUUAUUCCAGAAAGAUUUGAAGAUGCACAAUUUACAAACCCAUACAUUUAUACACCCUUCAGUGCCGGUCCAAGAAAUUGCAUAGGUCAAAAAUUUGCAAUGUUAGAAGUAAAAAGCACUCUUUCCAAAAUUUUGAGAAAUUUUGAAUUGAAACCGGCAACUCCCGUUCAUGAACUGCAGCUGGUACCAGAGACUAUAUUAGUCUCCAAGAAUGGAGUUCGAAUAUCUCUUAAAGACAGAAACGAAUAA